AUGCCCACAUCCUGGGAAAUAGACCUCAAGAAUCUUGCUUCAUUGCCAUCAAGGUUUAUGGCAUCACCCGUGGAGUCCCAGACUCGGAUCAUCCAGGCAGAGUGGACAAUUGGGAAACUGCACUGUCCAUUCUGUGAGGCUUGCUUAGGGGGCUUUAACUUUGUUUGCAACAAAAGAUAUUCCCAUAGACAGUUAGUAAAUAUACAUUUCUGCAAAACUCGAACUGACUUUCAACCGUCUUUCUCUGAUAAAUUGUCAAAAUCAUCAGGAAAACAUGUGCCUGUCCUCAAAAUUCAGCCUAGUUUUAGCAAACAUACCUACCAUGAAGUGGUAACUGCAACUUUAGAAAUCAAAAAUCAAGGGCUUUCCUGCACGGCCAGAAAUAAUAAUCGUUCUGGAAGAUUAACAGAAGCACUUUGUCUAGAAGUAAAAUCUCCAAGAUAUGAGAUGAAAAGUAAAAAACUUCCCUUAAAGGCAUUAAACCAAAACAGAAAUCUCUCUUCUUCCUAUCCUAUGAAUAAUGCAUGUACUGUAAAACCUCUUCACAGAAGAUCACGUAGUUUGGAUUUGCAUAUUAGAGAGAGACCAGUGUUAUAUGAAACUUGCAGUAUGGGAACAAUUUACCUCGGCCAAAAUAAAACCCCACAUGCUUAUGCACAGGAUGGCUUGCAUAAGAAAGAUGGUAGUUCUUUUCAGGACCUACAUAGUCCUUCCAGUGCUGACAAACUACAAAACCAAUUUUGAAUUACAUCAUUUACCACAUUACUACACAGAGGAACAGAAAUUGAGUUUGGAGCUCAUGGACAAUCUUCUGCGAGUGUCGUUGCUGAUAGGUCACCAUUUGUGAUGAAACUUUCUUCGCCUACAAGGGCUGUAGAAGACAGAGGUUACAUCACAGCUGUGGUCUUGCCUACAAGUAUUUCCUUCAACUACCUCAAGCCCAGCCCCAGCCUAUGUGGAGUAGGAAAGAAAGCAUUUGAGGGAAGGAAGUACUGUUCAGCAAUAACCAAAACACUGACUGGAAAUGGUAACCUGCAUAAAGGUGAUGAGCAGGAAUUCAGAAGAGAUAAAAAAAGCUAUCUCUGUGCAGUUUAUUUCAAUCCUUACAUGUGCUAUCUAUGUCACCACACCUUUUGUGAAACUGACUGAAGGAUGCUUGCCAAAGACAAUCCAGCCAGCACUCCAUGUCCACUGUGUCACACUACAGUUGCCAGAGUAUUUUUCCAAACAGGUAUAAAAAGGAAAGUUUUUAUAAUAUAGGAUAAUAUUUGUAGUUUUCCAUCCUGCAUGCAUGCAGAACAAAUUUUGGUGAUGUUAAUCCACUGUGAGAUUUUCGCUAUUUAAUUCCUCCUAGGUCCAUUUCAUGCAGGCUCUCUUCAGUUCAA